AUGUCCACGACCUCUAUCGAAGGCGCCACCGGCACCGGCACCGGUGGAGACUCCUUGACCGUCGACUUGAGCGCCCAGUUCGACGGCUCCAACAUGGUGUGGGUAGCCACCUCUGCUGUGCUCGUGUGGAUCAUGGUGCCUGGUGUUGGGCUUUUAUACUCGGGCCUUUCAAGAAAGAAACACGCUUUGUCGUUGCUCUGGGCGUCGAUCAUGGCGCUUUGCGUCACUACCUUCCAAUGGUUCUUCUGGGGAUAUUCCCUUACAUUUUCCCACUCUUCAAGAAGCCAGUUCCUCGGUACGUUGGCCAACAUCUGCCUUAAGGACGUCCUUGGUGCUCCUGCCGUUGUCGACUCGCUUCCCGACAUUUUGCAGUGUUUCUUCCAGGGCAUGUUUGCCUGUGUCACUGCCAUUUUGAUGGUGGGUGCCGGCUGCGAAAGAGCCCGUUUGGCGCCCAUGAUGGUGUUUUUGUUUGUUUGGUUGACGGUGGUGUACUGUCCCAUUGCUUUCUGGACCUGGGGAAGCAACGGCUGGUUGGCCAAUCUCGGUGCUUUGGACUUCGCUGGCGGUGGUCCCGUGCACGAGAACUCUGGCUUUGCCGCUUUGGCCUACUCCAUGGUGUUGGGCAAGAGACAUGAUCCUUUGACCUCGGGUAAGGUGCCUAGUACAAACCACACUCUGUUUCUUCCAUCGUGUUGGGCACAGUGUUUUUGUGGUUUGGCUGGUUUGGCUUCAAUGGUGGCUCUACCGGAAAUUCUACCAUUAGAUCGUGGUACGCCUGUGUCAACACCAACCUUGCUGCUGCGUGUGGUGCCUUGA